AUGUGCACCGUAGGCUCUUAUGCUUACCUUCAGUUUCGGGUCGGCCAUGCUGUUUCUCGUGGCAAUGCAUGCAGUGCCCUGAUGGAUCGCCCGGCCAGCAAGGGACCUGCAUCUCAUCUGGCACCGCUGGCGGUAUAUUGGAAGGGGCUACCUGCCAACGGGUUGCCCAGACUGGCAGUCUCGGAGUCUGGUUGCGCAAGCACGAUUAGUCUGGCAACAGGCUAA